AGCUUUUUGCUUAUUAUUUAAUUAAAUAAUAAUUUUUUUCGGUGUGCUACAUAUUUUGCUUACAUUAAACUUCCCCCGAUUUGGCUCCCUUUAAAGUUAUUUUUGGAGCUCUGUGCGCUUUUCUUUCCAUUUCGGAAUCCCCUUCCUUGAGUUUUCCCCCCAGCCAGCUGUAACGGUACAUUUGCAUCUCUUCUAUAGCAUUUCCGUUGCGUGUGCAAAAAUCGAAAUAAAGGAAAACAACAGCAAAAUGCUAAAGUGCAGUGAUGUGAAAAAAUAGAGAAGGAAAAAUAUUGUAUAUUUUAAAAAUAAUCGCCCUCAAGGCGGGGCCAACAGGAGCAGCAGCACCAUCAUCAGGAAUAACAACAAAAAAUCAACCGAAAUAAUAACAACAAAAACAACAACAACAACCCUUUGGUGUUUUUUUGCCCCCUGCUAAAAAUGCGUUGCAUGUGUUUCUAAUAAUGAAGUGUUUAUUUUGAGCGCCCGCAAGUGAAAUGCAUUUGAAUAGCUCAAAAAGCCACAGGCCGAAGUCAAGAGAUAAAUAAAAAUUGGAAAGUGUUUCUAUUUUUUACCCAUCCGCGUGCUCAUCCUCUCGAUUCCCUGGAGAGCCCGCAAUUUCGAUUGGAUUAUUUCCCCCGGCGGAUAUGAAAUAAAGUAUUGCAAAGGAUGUAAUAUUACACAUAAAAUAAAAUAUACUAAAAUGCUUUAAGUUUACGGCACGAAAAUGUAUUGAUCAAUAGAGGAAAAAAUCAGUCUGGCCAAAGGAAUUUACCCAUGAAUAACUCAGGUGUAAAGUGUAAAGCCGACAAUUGAAAAGGGAACGGAGGAGAGAGGAACGAAAAUCAGAGAAAAGUGUUGCGAAUAAACGGGAUCGAAAAGUGCCCCAGCAAAAUGGCGGCACGACGUUGCCUGGACCAGCUCAGGCAACGUUAUAUAACCAACAGAAUUAAACUCUACACCUGCGCGAUAAUUCUGAUAUCUCUUCAAUUAGUAGCGGCCGAGGAGCAGACCACAUUCGCCGGCCUGUCGGCGGAAAAUGCGGCACGAAUGCUGGCCGGGAGUCCUGGCGAGGUGGAGAAGCCAUCGCCGCACCACAGCGAAAUGUCCUUAGUCCUCCCGCACGAUACCUAUCCCGGAUUCAGCAUUAAAAAGUUCAAAACCCAUCCUGUGAAGGCGAACGGCAGCUCGCAUCCUGCCAGCGGAGCCAGUGCCUAUCACAUGCUGGAUAGCGACUACUCCAAGUACUUCACCGUCCUGGACGAUGGUGUGGUUAUGACCACGGCGGACAUAUCGCCCCUGGUCAAUCGUCCGGUUCAGUUGGUGGUUGUCGAACAAUCGCCUAAUGCCACCAACACCCACAAUCUCCAGUUGUUCGUGAUGCAUCGCAACGACAUGUUGCGGUUCUCGGGCUCCCUGCUCGACGCCAGCGGAGAGGUGAGGGAGAAUCACCCGCCGGGCACCAGGGUGAGGGGAGUGCCCCUGAUGCAGGCCUUCAGUGGUUCCAUUCUCGACGAGGAGUUGGCGAAGCCCAAGAAGGUCAGGUAUACCAUCAUCGAUGGCAAUGUGGACGACGCAUUCGCCUUGCAGGAACGCAAAGCCAACCAGAAUGUGCAGAUUAAUGCCAAGUCCCUGGUGAUUGAUGGCGAUGACGAGUCCGGUGUUUGGUUGGUCACAAAUCGGCCUCUGGAUCGCGAGGAACGCGCCCACUAUGAUCUCUCGGUGGAGGCCUCCGAUGUUGAUGGCCUGGACAAGACAGUUUCCAAAAUACAAAUCACCGUUUUGGACGAGAAUGAUAACAGACCCAUUUUCAAGUCCCUGGACUACAAGUUCGCCAUCGCCGGCCAAAAGGCUGUGAAUAUGGAUAGCAAUAGCAGCGUGACAUACAAGAGAUUCGCGAUUCUGGGCAAGGUCGAAGCCACCGAUGCCGACGGGGAUAAGAUUGCCUAUAGACUCAAGACUCCCAGUAAUGUGGUAAUCAUUGUGCCGCAAACCGGCGAGAUAAUGCUGGCAGGUGAGCCCACUUCAAAUGAGCUCCUCGUCGAGGUGAUAGCCCAUGACUUGAGGUAUCCCAGUCUGUUGAGUGCCCAACCGGCCAAGGUUCUCUUGGAGUUUUUGGCACCCGAACCCGUUUCGUUCAUCAUGCAACAUCUGGAGCACGACGAGAUUAAUAACCACUCGCACCACCGCGAAAAGAGGAGAGUUACGCGAGCGGUUCGCCCAACAAAAAGGAUAGAAUUCACCGAAGCUGACGGAGAUACCGAGGGAAAGUCGGUCUUUCAAUUGGAAAAGGAAACGGAUAAGGAAACGUUCAAGAUCAGGGACGAUAAUCCCUGGGUGACGGUGGAAACAAAUGGCGCUGUGCGAGUCAAGAAGAAGUGGGACUACGAGGAGCUGGGUCCCGAAAAAACCAUCGAUUUUUGGGUCAUCAUCACCAAUAUGGGACAUAAUGCUGGCAUCAAGUACACGGAUAACCAGAGGGUCAUAAUCCUGGUGAAGGACGUCAACGAUGAGCCGCCGUACUUCAUUAAUCGGCCGCUGCCCAUGCAGGCUGUGGUGCAACUGAACGCACCACCCAACACACCGGUGUUUACUCUCCAGGCCCGCGAUCCGGAUACGGAUCAUAAUAUCCAUUACUUUAUCGUUCGCGAUCGAACUGGCGGACGCUUCGAGGUGGACGAGCGAUCUGGCGUGGUGAGGACGCGGGGCACGGAUCUCUUCCAGCUGGACAUGGAGUAUGUCCUGUACGUGAAGGCCGAGGAUCAGAACGGGAAGGUCGACGAUCGCCGAUUUCAGAGCACACCGGAGGAACGCCUAUCGAUUGUGGGUGGCAAGCGGGCCCCACAGUUCUAUAUGCCCAGCUAUGAGGCUGAGAUACCGGAGAACCAGAAAAAGGACUCGGACAUCAUUUCGAUUAAGGCCAAGUCGUUUGCAGACCGCGAGAUCCGUUACACGCUGAAGGCCCAGGGCCAGGGAGCCGGCACCUUUAACAUUGGACCCACAUCGGGCAUUGUCAAGUUGGCCAAGGAGUUGGACUUUGAGGAUCUGCGUCAGCCGCAUGUCUACUCGCUGAUUGUGACAGCCACCGAGGAUUCUGGCGGAUUCUCCACCUCCGUCGAUCUCACUAUUCGCGUUACGGAUGUGAACGACAAUGCCCCCAAAUUCGAGCUACCCGACUACCAGGCUCAUAAUGUGGACGAGGACAUUCCCCUGGGAACCAGUAUACUCCGCGUAAAAGCCAUGGAUGCGGAUUCCGGAUCGAAUGCCGAAAUCGAGUACCUGGUUUCCGACGACCACUUUGCUGUGGAUUCAAAUGGAAUUAUCGUCAACAACAAGCAACUGGAUGCGGAUAACAACAAUGCCUACUACGAGUUCAUAGUCACGGCCAAGGACAAGGGUGAACCGGCCAAGUCGGGAACGGCCACGGUUCGCGUUUACACCAAGAACAAGAACGACGAGGAGCCCAAGUUCUCGCAGCAGGUGUAUACCCCGAAUGUGGAUGAGAAUGCCGGCCCCAAUACCCUGGUCACCACAGUGGUGGCCUCGGACAAGGAUGGCGACAAUGUGAGGUUCGGUUUCGUUGGCGGCGGCACUUCGUCCGGCCAGUUCGUCAUCGAGGAUAUCACCGGUGUGAUCCGACUGCACAACAAGGCCAUAUCUCUGGAUCGGGACAAGUACGAGCUGAAUGUCACUGCCAUGGACGAUGGAUCGUGUUGUGUGAAUGGCGACCAAACGAUCCACACCUCGACCGCAGUCGUCGUGGUCUUCAUCACCGAUGUCAACGACAACAAGCCGGUGUUCAAGGACUGCAGUACCUAUUACCCCAAGGUGGAGGAGGGAGCUCCCAAUGGCAGUCCUGUCAUCAAGGUGGUGGCCACCGACGAGGAUAAGGGUGUGAACGGACAGGUGAAAUACUCGAUUGUUCAGCAGCCGAACCAGAAGGGAACCAAAUUCACGGUUGACGAGGAAACCGGCGAGGUGUCCACCAACAAGGUCUUCGAUCGCGAGGGCGACGAUGGCAAGUUCGUAUCGGUGACUGUUAAGGCCACGGAUCAGGGAGAUCCCAGCCUGGAGGGAGUCUGCUCCUUCACGGUAGAGAUCACGGAUGUCAACGACAAUCCGCCGCUCUUCGAUCGUCAGAAAUACGUGGAGAAUGUGAAGCAGGAUGCCAGCAUUGGCACCAAUAUCCUGCGUGUCUCAGCCUCCGAUGAAGAUGCCGACAACAAUGGCGCCAUUGUAUACAGCCUGACUGCUCCCUUCAAUCCCAACGAUCUGGAAUACUUUGAAAUUCAGGCCGAGUCCGGCUGGAUUGUGCUCAAGAAGCCGCUUGACCGCGACCGCUAUCGCUUGAGGGUUAGCGCCUCCGAUAAGGGCACUCCGCCCUCAGCCGCCGAUGUCGACGUUGAGUUAGAUGUCGUCGAUCGCAAUAAUAAGCCGCCCAUUUGGGAUAAGAGCAUUUACGGCCCCAUUCACAUACGCGAGAAUGUCACUGUGGGCACGGUUGUAACAUCGGUUAAGGCAAGUUCGGGUAUCGAGGGAAAUCCCACAGUCUUCUAUCGCCUGAUGCCCGGGUCAACGGCCCAAACGAACAAAUUUCACACGUUCUACUUGCAACAAAGACCGGACAAUGGCGACACUUGGGCCGACAUAAAAGUGAAUCAUCCGCUGGACUACGAGAGCAUCAAGGAGUACAAUCUAACCAUACGUGUCGAGAACAACGGAGCCCAGCAAUUGGCAUCGGAAGCGACCGUUUACAUAAUGCUCGAGGAUGUUAAUGAUGAAAUACCCUUAUUCACCGAACGCGAACAGGAAACGGUGCUCGAGGGCGAACCGAUUGGCACCAAAGUGACACAGGUGAAUGCCAUCGACAAGGAUGGCACAUUCCCAAAUAAUCAGGUCUACUACUACAUUGUCGACUCGCCGCGUAACGAGGGCAAAGAGUUUUUCGAAAUCAACCUGCAGAGCGGUGAAAUUUUCACGAAAACCGUGUUCGACAGGGAGAAGAAGGGCGCCUACGCCCUCGAGGUGGAGGCCAGAGAUGGAGCCCCCUCGGCGCGACCGAAUAGCAAUGGACCCAAUUCAGUCACCAAAUUCAUACGCAUUGGCAUCGCCGAUAAAAACGAUAAUCCGCCCUAUUUCGACAAAUCGCUGUACGAAGCCGAAGUGGAUGAGAACGAGGACAUUCAGCACACAGUGCUCACUGUAACCGCCAAGGAUCACGACGAGUCCUCACGUAUCCGCUAUGAAAUUACAAGCGGCAACAUUGGCGGCGCUUUUGCGGUUAAAAAUAUGACGGGUGCCAUUUAUGUAGCUGGCGCUUUAGAUUACGAAACUCGACGCAGGUAUGAGCUGCGCUUGGCCGCUUCCGAUAACUUGAAGGAGAACUACACCACUGUGAUUAUCCAUGUCAAGGAUGUGAAUGAUAAUCCCCCCGUGUUCGAGCGACCCACUUAUCGCACCCAGAUUACCGAAGAGGACGAUCGCAAUUUGCCCAAACGCGUCUUGCAGGUUACGGCCACAGAUGGCGACAAGGACCGUCCCCAGAACAUCGUGUACUUCCUCACGGGCCAAGGCAUUGAUCCAGAUAAUCCGGCCAAUAGCAAGUUCGACAUCAACCGCACCACCGGCGAAAUAUUCGUAUUAAAGCCGCUGGAUCGCGAUCAACCGAACGGUCGGCCCCAGUGGCGCUUCACUGUCUUUGCCCAGGACGAGGGCGGCGAGGGCCUCGUGGGAUAUGCAGACGUCCAGGUCAAUCUGAAGGACAUCAACGAUAAUGCCCCCAUUUUCCCGCAGGGCGUGUACUUUGGCAACGUGACGGAGAACGGCACCGCCGGCAUGGUUGUGAUGACCAUGACCGCCGUGGACUACGACGAUCCCAACGAGGGCUCCAACGCCCGUCUGGUCUACUCCAUCGAAAAGAAUGUGAUUGAGGAGGAGACGGGUUCGCCGAUUUUCGAAAUUGAACCCGAUACGGGUGUGAUAAAGACCGCCGUCUGCUGCUUGGAUCGCGAGAGGACACCGGAUUAUUCCAUACAAGUCGUUGCGAUGGAUGGCGGGGGGUUAAAGGGGACGGGGACGGCCUCGAUAAGAGUCAAGGAUAUCAACGAUAUGCCGCCGCAGUUCACAAAGGAUGAAUGGUUCACGGAAGUGGACGAAACGGAUGGCACUGCCCUGCCGGAAAUGCCUAUUUUAACGGUGACCGUUCACGACGAGGACGAAACGAACAAGUUCCAGUACAAGGUCAUCGAUAACAGCGGCUAUGGCGCCGAUAAGUUUACCAUGGUGCGGAAUAACGAUGGUACAGGCUCCCUAAAAAUCGUCCAGCCCUUGGACUACGAGGAUCAGCUCCAGAGCAACGGUUUCCGUUUCCGCAUCCAAGUCAAUGACAAGGGCGAGGAUAACGACAACGACAAGUACCACGUGGCCUACUCCUGGGUUGUCGUCAAACUGAGGGACAUCAAUGACAAUAAGCCCCACUUCGAGAGAGCCAACGUGGAGGUGUCCGUUUUCGAGGACACCAAGGUGGGCACUGAACUUGAAAAGUUCAAGGCCACCGAUCCGGAUCAGGGUGGCAAGAGUAAGGUGUCCUACUCCAUCGACCGCUCCUCGGAUCGCCAGCGUCAGUUUGCCAUUAAUCAGAACGGAUCGGUGACCAUUCAGCGCUCCCUGGACCGCGAAGUUGUGCCCCGUCAUCAGGUCAAGAUCCUGGCUAUUGACGAUGGUUCUCCACCAAAAACCGCCACAGCCACGCUCACCGUCAUCGUGCAGGACAUCAAUGACAAUGCCCCCAAGUUCCUUAAGGACUACAGGCCCGUGCUGCCGGAACAUGUGCCGCCACGUAAAGUGGUCGAGAUUCUGGCCACCGACGAUGAUGAUCGCUCCAAGAGCAAUGGCCCGCCCUUCCAGUUCCGCUUGGAUCCCAGUGCCGAUGAUAUUAUCCGUGCUUCCUUCAAGGUGGAACAGGAUCAGAAGGGUGCCAACGGUGACGGCAUGGCUGUCAUUUCCUCCCUUCGCUCCUUCGAUCGCGAGCAGCAAAAGGAGUACAUGAUUCCCAUUGUGAUCAAGGACCACGGCUCACCGGCUAUGACUGGCACGAGCACACUGACCGUCAUCAUUGGCGAUGUCAAUGACAACAAAAUGCAGCCCGGAUCCAAGGACAUCUUCGUUUACAACUACCAAGGACAAUCGCCAGAUACGCCUAUCGGUCGAGUGUAUGUCUACGACUUGGACGAUUGGGAUCUGCCCGACAAGAAGUUCUACUGGGAGGCCAUGGAGCAUCCCAGAUUCAAACUGGAUGAAGACUCCGGCAUGGUCACCAUGCGAGCAGGAACUCGCGAGGGGCGCUACCACCUCAGGUUCAAGGUCUACGAUCGCAAGCACACUCAAACCGAUAUUCCGGCAAAUGUCACGGUUACGGUCAGGGAAAUUCCCCACGAAGCGGUGAUUAACUCGGGAUCCGUCCGGUUGUCGGGAAUAUCCGAUGAGGACUUUAUUCGCGUGUGGAACUACAGGACUCAGAGUAUGAGUCGCUCAAAAAUGGAUCGUUUUAGGGACAAGCUGGCCGAUUUACUCAAUACCGAAAGGGAGAAUGUGGAUAUAUUCAGUGUGCAGUUGAAGAGGAGACAUCCCCCGCUCACAGAUGUCAGAUUCUCUGCCCACGGCUCUCCCUACUACAAGCCUGUGAGGCUCAACGGUAUCGUCCUGAUGCAUCGCGAGGAGAUUGAGAAGGAUGUGGGCAUCAACAUCACCAUGGUGGGCAUCGAUGAGUGCCUGUAUGAGAACCAGAUGUGCGAGGGCAGCUGCACCAAUGCCCUGGAGAUCAGUCCCCUUCCCUAUAUGGUCAAUGCCAACAAGACCGCCUUGGUGGGCGUGCGCGUGGACACCAUUGCCGACUGUACUUGUGGUGCUCGAAACUUCACCAAGGCUGAGUCCUGCAGGACAACGCCGUGCCACAAUGGAGGACGCUGCAUGGACACCAGAUUCGGUCCUCACUGCUCGUGUCCUUUGGGCUACACGGGUCCCAGGUGUCAGCAGACAACGCGCAGCUUCCGCGGAAACGGAUGGGCCUGGUAUCCUCCACUAGAAAUGUGCGAUGAAUCCCAUUUGAGCCUGGAAUUUAUUACCCGAAAGCCCGACGGCUUGAUCAUUUACAAUGGACCGAUUGUACCCCCAGAGCGGGAUGAGAUGCUCAUAUCCGACUUCAUUGCUCUGGAACUGGAGCGAGGCUACCCGAGACUUCUGAUCGAUUUCGGCUCGGGAACUCUGGAGCUGAGAGUGAAGACCAAGAAGACCUUGGAUGACGGCGAAUGGCACAGAAUCGAUCUGUUCUGGGACACGGAAAACAUUCGCAUGGUUGUGGACUUUUGCAAAUCGGCUGAGAUUGCCGAAAUGGAAGACGGCACACCGCCGGAAUUCGAUGAUAUGUCCUGCCAGGCGAGAGGACAAAUCCCGCCGUUCAGCGAGUAUCUGAAUGUGAAUGCGCCCCUGCAGGUCGGCGGACUUUAUCGCGAGCAGUUCGAUCAGAGCCUCUACUUCUGGCACUACAUGCCAACGGCCAAGGGCUUUGAUGGAUGCAUCCGCAACCUGGUCCACAACUCCAAGCUCUACGAUCUCGCACACCCGGGACUCUCUAGGAACAGUGUGGCGGGAUGCCCGCAAACCGAGGAGGUAUGUGCCCAAACCGAGACCACAGCUCGCUGCUGGGAGCAUGGCAACUGUGUGGGUUCCCUAUCUGAGGCACGCUGCCACUGCCGACCCGGAUGGACCGGUCCUGCCUGCAAUAUCCCCACCAUUCCGACCACCUUCAAGGCCCAGAGUUAUGUCAAGUAUGCCCUCAGUUUUGAGCCGGAUCGCUUCAGCACUCAGGUCCAGCUAAGAUUCCGCACGAGAGAGGAGUAUGGCGAACUUUUCCGGGUUAGUGACCAGCACAACAGGGAAUACGGAAUCCUGGAGAUCAAGGACGGACACCUGCACUUCCGCUACAAUCUGAACUCGCUGCGCACCGAGGAGAAGGAUCUCUGGCUGAAUGCCAUCGUCGUCAACGAUGGCCAAUGGCAUGUGGUGAGGGUUAAUCGAUACGGCUCAGCUGCUACCCUGGAACUGGACGGAGGCGAGGGUCGACGAUACAACGAAACCUUCGAGUUUGUCGGCCAUCAGUGGCUGCUGGUGGACAAACAGGAAGGCGUUUACGCCGGCGGCAAGGCUGAGUACACGGGAGUGAGGACCUUUGAGGUCUACGCCGAUUACCAAAAGAGCUGUCUCGAUGAUAUACGCCUGGAGGGCAAGCACCUGCCGCUUCCACCGGCUAUGAACGGCACCCAGUGGGGUCAGGCCACCAUGGCCAGGAACCUGGAGAAGGGCUGUCCCUCGAACAAACCCUGUUCGAAUGUGAUCUGCCCAGAUCCAUUCGAGUGCGUGGAUCUGUGGAACGUCUACGAGUGCACUUGCGGCGAAGGACGCAUUAUGUCGCCCGAUUCCAAGGGCUGUAUGGAUCGCAACGAGUGCCUCGAUAUGCCCUGCAUGAACGGUGCCACUUGCAUUAACCUCGAGCCCCGCCUACGGUAUCGAUGCAUAUGUCCCGACGGUUUCUGGGGCGAGAACUGUGAGCUGGUGCAGGAGGGUCAGACAUUGAAGCUCAGCAUGGGCGCCCUGGCGGCGAUACUGGUCUGCCUUCUGAUCAUUCUGAUACUCGUCUUGGUGUUCGUCGUGUACAAUCGUCGCCGUGAGGCGCAUAUCAAAUAUCCGGGCCCCGAUGACGAUGUGCGCGAGAAUAUUAUCAACUAUGACGACGAGGGUGGCGGCGAGGACGAUAUGACCGCCUUUGAUAUCACACCGCUGCAGAUACCGAUUGGAGGGCCAAUGCCACCCGAGCUGGCGCCCAUGAAAAUGCCAAUUAUGUAUCCCGUUAUGACCUUAAUGCCAGGUCAGGAGCCCAACGUGGGCAUGUUUAUAGAGGAGCAUAAAAAGCGCGCCGAUGGCGAUCCGAAUGCUCCUCCCUUCGACGAUCUGAGGAACUAUGCGUACGAGGGCGGCGGCAGCACAGCUGGAUCGCUCAGCUCGUUGGCCUCAGGCACAGAUGACGAGCAGCAGGAGUAUGACUACCUCGGGGCCUGGGGGCCACGCUUCGACAAGCUGGCCAACAUGUACGGACCCGAGGCGCCCAAUCCCCACAAUACCGAGCUAGAGUUGUAAGCGGGGAGAAGCCAAGAGUGAGGUGAAGUGAGUGCAGAGCGGAGACCGAAUCCAAAUCCGAGGCGGAGAUACCUAGAUGAACAAACUAAAACUGUUAGUAGAUACAAAGUUGCAUUUAAAUCGAAAUGAAAUCCCCACACACGAGGAUAACUCACACACAAAGAAAGCGCAACCAAAGAAGCAUCGCAAUGCUGAAAAGUUGGCAGAACUCUCUACGUAAAUGGAAACUAAGAAAUAGAAACCUAGAAAGGGAAUGCGGGAAACGGAAGUGGAUAUGGGUAUGAGUAUGGAAAUGAAGGAAAAAUCAAACACAUAUUAUGACACGAAAAAUGACAUUUGUAAAAAUAUUUCAUCAGCAUUUAAAUUUAAACAAUUACGAUAAUGAGAUUAAGUUAUUAGGGCAACGCGAGCCGAAAGCAGCAUUUUUUGCGGAGCAAAUUAAGUGAAAAUUUAAGAGCAAGGAUAUGGGAAUUGUAAGGCGUAGGAGAGAGCAUACCAAAGUUUAGUUUAGGAGCGCUUAUGAAUUUAUAACCUUAAUUCUCGAACAGAUUUGUUGUGCAUAAUAUUUUAAGUUGUAAUUAUUAUUUUUAGGGCUUUUCUGUUUAUAAGUUGGCGGCCCUCGUGAGUCAUUUAGCGGUAGGUCACAGGACAAGUUCUCAAAUUAUCUAUACCCUAAGUUCUUCGUUUUAAUUUCGCGUUACUUUCUAAGGAUUACAAUUAAAUCGAAUUAAAACUUAUAUAAAGGAAUACCCAAAGACUGUUUUCGUUCCAUCAUAACAAGUAUAUACAAACAUGCAUCAAAACACGAACAUAUAUAUAAAUAUAUUAACUUAUAAACAUUACGAAAUUUUUAACUGCAAAUCGAAUGGCAUUUCGCAAGUUGCCGCAUUGUGUGUCAUUCGAGCACAAUCGGCGCCCCUUUCCAGAUGCCAGCGGAAAAUCUGAAUCUGAACCGAAGAAAAUACUCCUAAAACCAUAUUCUAAAGGCAGAAAACUUAAGCUAAUUCUCCAGGCGAAACGCUGGCACAGUAAAGUAAAGAGUAAAAGUAAAAAAAAAAUUACCUUUAGAUGAACUUAGCGCAAUUGAUAUAAUUAAAGGGAAUGCAUGACGGAAAACGAAACAAAAUGGUAUAUAUAUUAAUGAUGGAAACAUUAAAUAGUAUUUUACAUUGUAUAUAUUAUUAGUUUUAGCACGUAUACAUACAAAGAAACACCACAAUAUUAAACCAUGUGAAACCCAGAAUUCUAUUAAGUCACUUAAACUAGAGGGGAGGACCCAACACAUUCGAAUAAAAAUAAAAUCCUCCAUAUACAUAAAUCCAAAUCUAACUGCAUUUAAAAACCACUCUUUCCACACAACAAAGCCAGCGUUUUUCGCCAAUCGAUUGGUUUUAUCCUCUUCACUUUUUGAUGGUAGCUCUGAGCCGCAGAAACGGGUUGCUGUUAUCGAAAAAAAUAAAAAUAACACAUGCAUAUUAUUUCUGUUGUUGAUUUUAUUUGUUGAUUCCACGAUUUUAUUUAAAUUCCAUUCGUUUGUUGAGCUGUCAGGCAGAAAACAGAAAUCACAAGAGCAGUUUACCGAUUACAGAUUGUAGAGAACCGUAAGUACUUAAUAAACAAAAUCACAAAUAUAUAUAUAUAUAUAUAGUGUGUAUGAAGUCUAUCUAAAUCAUAGAGUUUUCCAGGCAAUGUGCCCGCGAACAAGAUCCUAUUGAAGUUUCAGUUUCAGUUCCUUAAUUUUACAAGUUCACACCCAAACACAAAUUCAAAUUAUUCCUACUACCACAGGCUACAAAAAUGAAGAGUAAAAUUAUAAAACUUAGGUAACACCUACAUGCAUAUACAUAAACAAAAGAAGCGAGAUGAAAUUUAACAAAACUGCAACAAAAGUUGACUAUUGAAAAGUGCAAAGAUUUUAACGUAAUUGUUAAACCAUACAGCGAAAUAAAUAUUUAAAGCGAAUAAAAGCCCAAUAAACUUGUCCGCUGUACUUGUUUGAGGAAAUUCUUAGAAAUUUUAAAAGCACAAUACAUUAAUUGUUAAAACGAACAGCAAAAGGUAAUCGAAGCCACUUUCUGAUUUGCCUUCACAUGGCGCACAUGGCGCUACAGUGCGUUACGGUAGAGUAAGGCCACAGCUCCAGAGACACACACAGAACACUGCCAAAUUAUGGUUUAGUUUCCGCAGAGACUAGAAUCGGAAAGUGAAUUCCACGAACUAUUUAUUUACGGCUUUUGUAUUUUUUUUUUUUGUAUUUUUCAUUUUGACAUUUGGCUUUCUUUCUGAUGCAUCUGACUAUGAAUAAAUUUUGCAUUUAUAUAUGUAUAGGUCGAACAGCCAACGGAAAACGUACACAACCAAACACAAACACACACACACAUAUACACAUUUUAAGGACAUUCAGAUAUACAGCAAACAAAGGAAGCGAUAUUUUAUAUUUAAAACAAAUAGAACUGCAGAAAAACAGUCAGAGUAGACAGCAAAAACCGAUAAAACGAAAUUAGUAGAAUGGCAAGUAUAUUAUAUACUCAUUUACACAUAUUUGUUAUAUAUUUUGUAAUGUAAGUUAGAAGCAUAAACUAUAUACGGAAUACGGAAUAAUGCACAGACACCACACACACACGUACAUAUAUAAUGCGAAAUACAUAUACACCAGCAGCAGGACGACAGACAGAGAGACAGACCCAUUAUGGCAAUGCAAGAAUCAUACUAUUUGAUAACUAUAUAUUUAUAAUGUAUGCAUUUUUUACCACACACCCGAAAACGAAACCAGAAAUCCCCCCCAAAUGAAGAGUAAAUCCCAUUAAGUCAAAAAUAAAAUGGGAAACAGACACCGACACACACACGAACAUCAAAAAAAAUCCGAUUUGAAUGCAGUUUUAGAUACAUUUGCAUACAAGUACAUAAUUAUGUAAAAUCACUUGAAUAUGCAGCAACAGAAACGGCAACUGGCUGAACGGAAACUAGUAUUAAAGAAAAUGAAAUUAUGAAUAAAUUACGAGUAAUUAAAGUAAAACCAAAAGCAUACUGCAAGUAAACCUAACAAAUCAAUUGUGCAGUAUUCGGUUCUCUUGUCGGUAUCGAAAAAUGAUAAUUAAUUAAGCGAUCGAAUGGCGUGGAAAACUUGUAAGCUAAUCACGUUCCACUUAAGAGUAAUGGGGAAAAUAUCUAGUUAAGGAAACCUACAUAUACACGAAACAGUCACACGGACAAGCAUUCAUUUACAAACACUGACAUGUAUACACUUACACUCAUAGACAACAACAACAACAACAACUGCAAUUAUAUUAAACGAGAAAUUAUUAUAAAACAAAGAAAACACGGAAAAA